AUGAUAAACGUCAGAGAACGUGUGGUUACGGAAACAUGGUUGGAAACGGUAUUGAAAGAAUGUCACGUCGUGACAGACUCAUCGACUAAUGGAAACGAUUCAAAAAACGUUCGACUCAACGUAAAUUCGUUUAAAAUAGGAAAAGGAAGUGAAAAUUCCGAAUCCGUUCUAAGCGAAUUAAUUGCCGCGUCGAUAAAUUAUCAAAUAGAGGGUGGGGGAGAGGAAAAAUCUUUGGAUUUGAUAAUAAAACUUUUACCGUUGGAUCCAUUCAGCAGGUAUUUCGUCACCGAAGCCGAAUUCGAUUUGAGAGAAAUUAAAUUUUACACGGAGGUCGUACCGGAUUUGAUGAAAUUUCAAAAGGACGUGAUACGCAACGAUGAGGAUUUGAUAAAGUUACCAGUUCCAAAAUGUUACCUGGGUAAACACGUGCCGUUUGACGUGUCACAAACGGGGCCGGAUUCGGACGACGAAAUCAACGAAUCGAUAAUCGUUCUGGAAGAUUUAAAAAAGCAAGGAUACCAAAGCACUCCGUUUAAAAACGGUUUGACUUUGGAACAAGCGAAAGCCUCUUUCGUCGCCAUAUCUAAAAUACACAGUCUGUCUUUGGCAAUGAAGUUGCGAGAGAGAAAAAACCUAAAGGAAAAAUACGAUUUCCUAUUUCAAACGGAAAAAACAUCUUUGUCUUAUCAGCAACUCAUGGAAAGGGGAUUCCCGCAACUCAUACUCUUUCUCGAAAGCAAAAGCGACAUGAAAGACGUCAUCGGGUGUUUGCACGAAAUCAGACCCAAAAUAAAACACCUGAUUGAAGUUUUACUCGCUCCGAAACAAACCAUAUCCCUCAUAACUCACACGGAUUUUUGGAGCAAUAAUUUUCUCUUUAAGAAAAACGAAUGCGCCAUAUUGGAUUGGCAAAUGGUGACUUGCAGUCAACCCACGAACGAUUUAGCAUUGCUCAUCAUAAGUUCUCUGACGUCGAAAACGCGUAGAGAAAACGCGGACAAACUCCUGGAAUGCUAUUGGGAAAACUUCGUGGAAAAUUUGAAAAGAUUAAACGUCGAUGCGAGCCGAGAUUUAAAUUACGGCCUCAGCGAUUUGUUUGCGGAUUACAAAAGGUCACAACUCCUCGCUUUGCUCCUGUGCAUAGGAAGCAUCGACGUGGCAUUGAAAGAUUCAGACAUCGAAGAAAGGCUCAUAGACGUACUCAUUGAUUUACACAAAGAUGGAAUUUUAUCACCCGAAUUUGUUAACAACCUUUGA